CGUCAGUCUUCCUUUCUUCUGAGGGCGUCGGUUCUGAACGUGGAGGCUUUCGAGUGUCUGUUCUUUUCAUACCACAAUCUGAGGAGAAAUUUAUUCAGAGCCGGUCUAAAAGGCUUCUCCGUAGAUGGCCAGCUUUCCCCCGAGUGUUAACGAGAAGUUAAUUGGGAGAUCACGAAUCGUGGGAGAACUUCUAGCCCCGGCGUCUCCUUUUGAUAAAAAGUGUGGGCGAGAAAACUGGACCGUCGCCUUUGCUCCAGAUGGCUCUUACUUCGCUUGGUCACAAGGCCACCGCAUAGUGAAGCUUGUGCCCUGGUCCCAGUGCAUUCAUAACUUUUCGCUGCAUGGCGUCAAGAACUUUGUCAACUCCAGCAAUUCUAAACUUUCCAGGCAGAACAGUGAUGACAGCCAGAAAAACAAGCCUUGUGAGCAGAUUAUAGACUGCGGCGAUAUUGUCUGGAGUCUCGCGUUUGGAUCCUCUGUCCCUGAGAAGCAGAGCCGAUGCGUGAAUAUAGAAUGGCACCGGUUCAAGUUUGGCCAGGACCAGCUUCUCCUGGCAACAGGCUUGUCCAAUGGGCGUAUCAAAAUCUGGGAUGCCUAUACUGGAAAGCUCCUCCUUAAUUUAAUGGACCAUACAGAAGUUGUACGAGACUUAACGUUUGCUCCUGAUGGGAGUCUGAUACUGGUAUCUGCCUCAAGAGACAAAACCCUACGAGUGUGGGACCUAAAAGAUGAUGGAAAUAUGAUGAAAGUAUUAAGAGGGCACCCAAACUGGGUGUUCAGCUGUGCUUUUUCUCCAGAUUCUUCCAUGCUUUGUUCCGUGGGGGCCAAUAAAACAGUGUUGCUUUGGGAUAUGGAUAAGUACUCCCUCAUCCGGAAACUGGAAGGGCACCACAACGAUGUUGUAGCCUGUGAGUUUUCCCCCGACGGAGCUUUGCUGGCUACAGCAUCCUAUGACACCCGUGUCUAUAUCUGGGAUCCGUACGUCGGAGUGAUUCUGAAGGAAUUUGGGCAUCUGUUUCCGCCUCCGACGCCAAUAUUUGCUGGAGGAGCCAACGACCGAUGGGUCAGAUCAGUAUCUUUCAGUCACGAUGGACUCCACGUUGCAACGCUUGCUGAUGAUAAGAUGGUGCGGUUUUGGAGAAUUGACGAGGACUAUCCUGCCCAGGUGGCCCCUUUAAGCAAUGGGCUUUGCUGUGCCUUUUCUACUGAUGGCAGUGUUUUAGCUGCUGGAACGCAAGACGGAAGCGUCUACUUCUGGGCGACCCCCAAGCAUGUCCCCAGCCUCCAGCACUUGUGCCGCAUGGCAAUCCGGCGCAUAAUGCCCACCCCGCAAGUGGCCAAACUGCCCAUCCCUCCCACAAUCGUGGGCUUCCUGUCCUACCGGAUGUAGGAGACAAAUCAGCUGGGAAAAUACCUAAAAGAAAGCGUUGGUCUUCUUUUUACGACCUAUAAACAAAACCAAGGUCCUGAAUGUUGACCCUAUGGAGAUAUUUUUUCAUGGAAGACAACAGUUAUCAGGCAAAAAAUUUUCCCAAAACAUUCUCAACUGUGAAAAAAUAUGUACAUAAUUAGAUAUACGUUGCUCUGGUGUGUUCCCAUGUAUAUCUCUUGUGAUGGCUUUUUUAUAUAUGGCAUGUGCUGUGUGUGCAUGUGUAUGUGUAUAUAGAUAUAUAUAAAAUAUAGCUGCUUAGGUGUGUAAGUAUAUAUGAGCAUAUACAAUGCAAAAGCCGACCUGUGCCCCAAAGGGAAGAUCUGCCAUUUCACUUUGCACGAAUUAAUUAUGUAUAUAUCUGUAUCUCUGGGGACACAAGCGUAUACAUUGGUGCUGUGUAAAAUAGAACCAGCGGGUCUUGCCUUUGCAGCACAGAGUUAUAUAUCGGCUGGCAAAUACUCAGUGGCUUUUGUACCGUGUUUUUAGGGAUCCAGGCCUGGCAGAAUGGGCGCAACCCUAGGAUCCGGAGUUGUGUUGAGGUGAAGGGAGACAAGCUUUAGUUCAGGCUGCAUCAAGUCUAAAGGAUAGAAUUUGACCGGGCGGUUUCCACAAGCGGGUCGUCUUCAGGGAAGCCUUAAUUUCGUCUAAUGAAAGGUUAGCAUAUUUAGGGAUACAAAUGGACCUCCUUAAUCUUUUGAAAUCCAACUACUGUAUCAUGGCCUGCUUCUCUCUUUGGACUCCUUUCUUCACUUUGUUCUGGGACCUCUUUGUCAUGUCAAGAGGCGACAUGGGAGAACUACCAAAGACACACAAUCAUCUCCCCCGCCUUUGCUUUUGCCUUCUGGACCUGCAGAUACAAAGAAUGUAUACGUACUACAUAAAAUGCCAAUGAUGCGUAUUUUGUUUGGUUUGUUUUGUAUUAAAGAAGUCUACAAAAA